AUGAUUCCUGCUGUCGACACACACCCACUUAUACACAAACACACACCCAUGGAGAUGGAUGCACAAAAUGAGUACCAGGUUGACCUUGGAAAUCUUAUGGCUUUUGACCCUUUUCACCACUUUCCUUCUGUUCCUUCUUCCAGGGAGGAGUUAGUUGGCGAAUGUUUAAGUAAUGGCACUCGGCUAGUUCAAGCCAUUGUCGGUGGUGUUUUCAACUUGCCUUCAACCGAAGAUAUAGACGGUCCACUUGUCAGGUUGCCUCCUCCAACAACAAAACUGCCAAGGGGGAAACCUCUGCCAAAGCCAAAACCUCCUACAAGAUGGGAACAGUUUGCCAAAGCAAAAGGUUAUCUUUCUUACCAUCUGCGUCCUGGAUGGGAAAUGAGAAAUAGAUUAUGGAACAGCUCAAUGUUGCAAAGAAUAAAGAACCGCAAAAAAGACAAGGUUGUAUGGGACGAACAAACUAGUACUUGGAAACGUCGUUAUGGAUAUGAUCGUGUCAAUGAUGAUGCUGAUGUUCCCAUAAUUGAGGCCAAGAUGACUGACGAGCCAGGAGUGGAUCCUUUUGCCAAGAGAAGAGCAGAGAAGAAGGAAAGAGUUCAAAAGCAACAGAAGAGUCAGAUGCAAAACUUGAAAGUUGCCUCCAAAGCCGGUGCUUUGCCAAGCCAUAUUCAGCUAGCUGCCACAGCUUUGCCUAUAACUGGAACCCAGGCUGCAAAAAAGAAACUUACUAAAGAUGAACUAGGAAAUGUAGCUGGACUAGCUUCUACUGCAACUGCCAGUGGUGGAAAGUUUGACAAGAAGUUGCGAGGCGAAAAGCCUGUUAAAAAUCAAGGAAAACAUCGCAAGUUCCUACCAGUUGUAGAAGGUUCAGGGAUAGGCAAUCAAGAAAAGGAGCAAACUGAUAGAGUUCUUAGCAAAUUAAUCUCAUCGAAUUCACAUGAGAUUCUUAAUGUUGAUAAGGCUGUUACCAUGUACAAUGUCAAGAGGGAGAAAAGAGGAAGGAAUCAACAUGGGAACUCUUCUUCGACAAGGAAUCAACAAGGGAAGUCUUCUUCAACACCAAGCAAAUUGAAACCAAAUAGCAAACCGAUGAAGUCAAAGUCAAAGAACCUCUCAACUAAAGGAAAGGGUAGUUUUUCGAAGAAAGGAAGUGGGAGUUUUUCAAAGAAAGGAAAGGCAAAUCUGUCUGAUUCUGAUCUUCUACUAGAUAAAAAAUCUCACCCAUCGUUGACGAAAUCACACACACCGAACAUAGAUCCAAAACUCACUGCUCGAACCAACCCACUAAGGAUCCAAAUCCGUACAAAUUAUGGCGCCCAAGUGAUUGGUGAAGGUGACAGGAUAGGACUUCAUCUAGACUUUUCAGAAGGAGCUGGAGGUGGUCAAAAUGGGAGACUUUUGAGUGAUGGCAUGGCAACACCAGUUGAGCCACCAAAUGGGGUUAGAAUUCAGGGGAAGCAUUACUAUUUGAUGUGGCAAACUUUGUUUGAGAUUGACACGAAAUAUGUGCCGAUCAAGCCUAUAGGUCGAGGGGCAUAUGGUAUUGUGUGCUCUUCUGUGAACAGAGAAACUAGUGAGAAAGUUGCGAUUAAAAAGAUACACAAUGCCUUUGAGAACCGUGUUGAUGCGCUGAGAACUUUAAGGGAAUUGAAGCUUCUUCGGCAUCUUCGACAUGAGAAUGUGAUUGCUUUGAAAGAUGUGAUGAUGCCUGUCCAAAGGAGAAGCUUUAAUGAUGUUUAUUUGGUUUAUGAACUCAUGGAUACGGAUCUGCAUCAAAUUAUUAAGUCUUCUCAAGCACUUAGUAAUGAUCACUGCCAAUAUUUCCUAUUUCAGUUGCUUCGUGGUCUGAAAUAUCUUCACUCAGCAAAUAUUCUCCACCGUGACUUGAAGCCUGGGAACCUUCUCAUCAAUGCAAACUGUGACCUGAAAAUCUGUGAUUUUGGGCUGGCACGUACUAGCAAUGGCAAGAACCAGUUCAUGACUGAGUAUGUUGUCACUCGCUGGUAUCGAGCUCCAGAACUCCUUCUCUGCUGUGAUAACUAUGGAACAUCAAUUGAUGUCUGGUCUGUAGGAUGCAUCUUUGCAGAACUUCUUGGUCGGAAGCCUAUCUUCCCUGGCACAGAAUGUCUCAAUCAGCUUAAACUUAUCAUCAACAUCCUCGGAAGUCAGAGGGAGGAGGAUCUUGAGUUUAUUGAUAACACCAAGGCAAAGAAAUAUAUCAAGUCCCUUCCUUAUUCCCCGGGGACUCCCUUUCCCCGCCUUUAUCCUAAUGCACAUCCUUUGGCAAUUGAUCUGCUAAAAAAAAUGCUUGUUUUCGACCCAUCAAAGAGGAUUACUGUUACUGGAGCACUGGAACACCCUUUCAUGUCUUCACUCUACGAUCCCAGCUGUAACCCUCCAGCCCAGGUCCCCAUUGAUCUUGACAUAGAUGAGGAAUUAGGGGAAGAGGUGAUACGAGAGAUGAUGUGGAAGGAGAUGCUUCAUUACCAUCCUGAAGCUGCAGCUGCAGCAGCCAAUGGUGAGGUGUGUGCUCGUAAUCUUGUCUGUUAA